CACCCCCUCCGCCUUUCCACAUCAAACGGGUGUGGACGGACUGCGCAUGUUCAAGACUGCUCUCUCUCGGAAGCAAAGUAAGGAAUAUCCAGGGGGUCCACAUCAAAAACAGGAAAGAAAAGAGUCAUGUCAGGAUUUCUGGACGGAAUCCGGUGUGGAGACUGUGAGUGCAAUGUGGACUGGGGCGAGAGGAGAAACACCAUCGCUUCCAUAGCUGCAGGGGUGCUGUUCUUCACUGGCUGGUGGAUCAUCAUUGAUGCAGCAGUGAAAUAUCCCAAGGAGACCGAGUUUCAUCAUGCCUAUCACACCUGUGGAGUCAUUGCCACGCUGGCCUUUCUCAUGAUAAACGCUGUAUCAAAUGGCCAGGUGAGAGGAGACAGCUACAGUGAAGGCUGCAUGGGGCAGACAGGAGCUCGUGUGUGGCUCUUCAUUGGCUUCAUGCUGGCUUUUGGCUCCCUCAUCGCCUCCAUGUGGAUCCUGUUUGGUGGCUUCGUUGUGCCUCAGAAGCCUAUUGUGUACCCUGGUAUUGCCAUUUUCUUCCAAAAUGCCUUCAUUUUCUUUGGGGGUUUGGUCUUCAAGUUUGGACGUACUGAGGAUCUGUGGCAGUAAUGGACUUGGUGUCUUUUUUUUUUUUGUCCACUGUUAUACUCUCUGCUUUCUAUAUUGUAUGAGACAAUAUGCUUUAGCAGUCAUUCACUUUAUAUAUUGACUUUUUUUAGCUUUCAAAUUAACAUGUUUAAUUUAUAACUUUUGCUGUAAAAAGGCUAAAUCAUAACUUUCUAAGCACAAAUUGUCAUUGAUUCCUUUAAAGUUUGGGUUUUUCCAAAUAAGGCACAUCUUUACAUGUGUCUCUUUGCACUCCAGAAUGGUGGAGCCAUGUUGUUACAGUGGUUUACAACUUUGAAUUGUGUCUUGGAAGUUAAACUAUCCUGAAUGGUCUACAUA